AUGUCCCGACAACGGACCACAUCAGGGGCCAUGCCCACCACGCCUCUGCGUCGCAUCUCGCGCGGCUCUCUCAACGCCCUCUCGCACUCGGCAUCCAAACAGCUCUCUGCCGGCGCGACACCUCUCUCGUUCUUGCAAGGUGCCAUGACCGACCUCGCCGAGGAAGUAGGCGUCCUGCAGCUCAAUCUCGAGAAUAUCGAGGCUGUCCACGAAAGCCUGCACAGCUUCAACGAGAACUUUGCCAUGUACAUCUACGGACUCAAGAUGAACGCCUACUGCGUCGAGUGGCCCGAAGCACCGCUGCACGACAACUUCGAGCGAGCCGAGAAGAGGAUCGCGCAGCAGGCUCAGCAAUACGCAGCUCAGCACAACCUCGAUCUCGCCAUCGGCUCGCAACCUUAUAUGCAACAUCAACAGCAGCAGCAGCAGAUGUACAACCCAGCAGCAGAUCAGACCUACGUCACAACGGACGACGAGAGCAUCUACCGCAACGACGCACCCAUCGCAGCUCCCGCCAAGCCUGCGCUCAAGUCGGCGCUCAAGAAGCCAUCCAACGCAGCAGCCACUGCACCUGCCAAGAAGCCAGCGACGACAGCCGCCGCAUCAGCAGCGGGAGCAGCGGCGCCAAAGAUGACACUCGCACAGAAGAAGAAGCGCGAAGCCUACACCGACGAGAUCAUUCAGACUCUGCCACUCGAGUACCGUGGCGGAGGCAACGACCCCAAGCAAAACCAAGUCGCCAAGCACGUCUGCAUGGCUCUCCUUGCUGCGGGCGGCAAGGGUCUCAAAGUCGAGGCCAUUCCCAAGAGCACCGAGAUGACGCAAGCCAAGAUCCAGAAGACGCUUAUUGCGCUAGUGGCCGCCAAGCAGGUGAUCAAGGCGAGCAACAAUGGUAUCGUCUACAGCCUCGACCCGGCGCGACACCCAACGUUGCCCUGA